AUGUUCGACGACUCGGACGGUGCGUCAUCUGAAGAUGAUAACUUCAGCUCAUACGGUGAGUCUCCUUUAGAGGACGAAGAGUCACCAACGAUACCUCCCAAGAAGAUAUAUCAGAACUUCUCGAUGAGCGGGUCUAAAGAGAGUGAGGAGGUUCUUCUAAGGUUGGAGAUGUCGUCGUUAAAUCUUGCGGUAGGGCAACGAUACGAGAGUAAAGCCGAUUUGGAGAGACGACUGAAACUUCUUACAGUGAAGGAUCGAUUUGAUUAUGAUGUAGACAUAUCAACCCGAACAUUAUUCAUUGUUAAGUGUUGGGUUGAUGGAUGUAUCUGGAGGGUUCGUGCUUCUACCAAAGGGGAAUCCCCGGUGUUCUAUGUUUGUAUUUACGAAUCGAAUCAUACAUGUUCUACAACUGAGCGUUCUAAUCGAUGUCGAAAUGCAACACCAGAUAUUUUAGGAGAGUUGUACAAGAACUUUCUCGGCGACGUUGGUCCGGCCGUUCGCCCUACGAGUGGUGGAAUAGCUAUCACUAAGCAGUUUGGUGUAAAUAUGGAAUAUUGGAAAUCUUACCGGACGCUGAAAUUUGCAAGGGAAAUCGUUCAGGGAACACCUGAGAGUGGGUUUGAACGCUUGCCUUCUUACUUAUACAUGAUAAUAAGGGAAAAUCCGAGUACAGUUACGCGUCUUCAAAUCGAUGAGAAUGGAAAAUUCAUGUAUGUGUUUCUUGCAUUUGGUGCGAGCUUAAAUGGGUUUCCUUUCAUGCGCAAAGUUGUGGUUAUCGACGGUACGUUUCUUAAUGGUAGAUACAAAGGGACGCUUCUCUCAGCACUAGCUCAGGAUGGUAACUUUCAGAUUUUUCCAAUAGCCUUCGCAGUGGUUGACACUGAAAAUGAUGAUUCCUGGCAGGGUCGAUGA